CAGCCUCGGAAGCAGGAAGGAGGGCCAGGAGGAGGAGGAGGAGGACCACAUUCUCUCUCUCUCUCUCAGCCCUUUCUGGCCCGGCAGAAGCAGCAGCCGCCGCCGCCUGUAAAGGCAGGGCCCGGCUGGCGGUGGAUUCUUGGGGAUUACCGCUGUUUUUCCCUCAAAGCUCCACUGCAGCAUGGACUCAAGAAAUGGCAGUGACCCAACAGACAGGAACACAAGGAGACGCAGAUCAUCCGUGGAAAUUGCAUCAGAAGACCAGGUGGCUCAGCAGACCGAAGAGGUGUUCCAGAGCUAUGCUUUCUACCGGUAUCAGCAAGAGCAGGAGCAGACUGAAGGAGAUGUGCCACACGACCCAGAAAUAGCUGCAAUCCAGCAGGAGCCAAAUAGCACAAAUUGCCAGGUGGGCAGGCGCCUGGCCCUUAUUGGCGAUGACAUCAAUGCCCGCUACGACAAGGAGUUCUCAGAUAUGUUGAAGUCACUGCAGCCAACAAGGGACAAUGCCUAUGAAUACUUCACUAGAAUAGCCACCAGUUUGUUUGAUAGUGGUAUAAACUGGGGUCGUGUGAUAGCACUGCUGGGCUUUGGCUACAGGAUGGCAAUACAUGUAUACCAGCAUGGGGUGACCGGCUUCCUGAGGAGAAUUGCACGCUACAUCGCUGAUUUUGUGCUUCGUAACCACAUUGCCCAAUGGAUUGCCCAGCAGGGAGGAUGGGUGGCAGCACUGGACUUAAACAAUGUGUACUGGAAGUAUGUGGUGACAGUGGCUGCGGUGAUCUUGCUUGGCCAGUUUAUGGUGCGACGCUUCUUCAGCCAGUGACAGGGAAGGAGUGUUGCAGGCCUCAUCUGCAGGCCAGCCAUGGACUAACUGCUCCACGGUGAUGUUUUGGAAGAGAGGAGGAUUCUAAAAAAACAACCAAAGGAAGCCAGAUGUGCUUUACCAGCUUCAGCUCCAGAAUGUCAUCAGUUUAUUAAUAAUCCACAUGGAGACUCCAAAAGCAGGGAAUCCAAAGUAUAGUGUUAAAAGAAAGGGUGUAAGUGAGCAUAGGACAGGUGUCAGAGACCAGAGGUGGUUUGGCGAAAAGCCAGUAAUGUUUUCACAGUCUUGUGAGAAAGCAAAAGCAAAAAGCCUUUGUAGAGCGUGUCUCCACAAGUUUCUUAAGCAGAACAAAUCUUUCCUUCUCCCCACAGAACAUUAUCAGGGUCAGUUGAAUCCUCACCUUUGAAAAGCAGAUUUGUGAGCCUCAUGCAAUAUUGUUUCUUGCUCCCUUUGAACAUGUUAGGAUCAAUUUUUUAACAUCCAUUAGCUUUUCCAGCAUUGAAAUAAUCAUGUGGCUAUUAAUCAUGUAGAACCAUCUGUGGAUUUAUCUGAAAAUCAUGUGUGUCAUUAGCACCCUCUCAAAUGUGUAUGGGGAAAACCUGUAGCCAACAGCCUAAUCCUUCCUGUCAAGGGUUGGAAUCCAACCUGGUCUGUACCACCCCCAAGGCUAAAGGUGAGAGUGAAAGAAAUCCCCCAUUGUAAUCUCUAGCCAGAUAUGGUGGAAAGGAUUCAGUUUCUCACUCUCAGCUGGCACUGAGUUUGAACCAUCUCUGUUGCCUUGUCUCCUAAUAUGGUGGCUGGGAAGCUCACCUGUGAGCCAUCUAGAGCUCCUGAAAGCACCAGCUGAGAGCACUUUGCUUCCCCAGACUUUCCAACACAGGGAAGGUAAAGCUGGACACUCAGCCAAGUGCUUGCAAGCACUAAUUGAGUCCUGAUUAGGACUUGGGGAGUGCUUGCAAGCCUGGCUGAAAGUACUACUUGCAGGGAACGAGUGGCUGAAGAGAAGCUGGGCUAUUGGCCAAAGUGGGAGGUAAAAAAGUUUCAGCUCAUGCUUUGACAGAGAACUCAAUCAUGUUAAGCCAUUGCUCUGACAUCAUCCAGCCCACAGAGUGUCAUUAGGUGGGAUUCUGAACCCUACCUGGAAGUACAGUGAGCCCACCAUAUCAGCAGACUAGCCAACUGUGGAUUUGAGCAUCCCUGAAUCGCCUCACCCCACUGUUGUCAGUGGUGGCAUUUGCAUGCACCUCUGCUGGCACAACCACACAUACGUUGCAGUCCAUUGACUAUAACUGGGGCUUCAGCAUGCAUGGCUUUUUCUCAUCCACAGGUGGGCCUGGAACCAAACCCUUGUGGAUGGGUAAAGGCAUACUGUAGUUCCUUAUCCCUGCUCUGAUAUCUGGGUAUGUACCUGAAUAAUAUGUACCUAAUGAUUUGGAUCAGGGGGAUUUUUACAAUAUUUUACAUAUGGACUCUCCUUCAUCCAUCUAAUUAUUUCAUAGGCCAGAGAUAUAGCUCUGCAGAGCUUUGUCAUCAUCUCAUUUGUUUUCAGCUACUUAGCAAUGAUCCCUCUUGGUCAUUAUGAAGAGAAAGCCAUUUCUAAAGGGGCCAAAUUCGAUUCACUUCUCUUCCAAUUGAAUUCAUAGUUGAUUCCUCCCUCUCUACAUGCAGCCUUAUUACUAUUCUGUGAACAGGAGGAGGGUUUAUAGGGGGCAGGUGAGUGAGUUGAUAUUUCUUGAACUGGUGAAGGAAAAUUAAGAAACGGGAGGGGGGGGGUAAUCUGCCUCCUUCCAUAUUCCAUCAGAUUUUUUGCCCUCCUGACAAGUAGUAACCAAAACUUAAAUGUGCCUUACACAAAGAAAAGACAAAAAAAUGAUUUCCUGCUAACUAAAACAUGAAUCAAAAUUUCUGAUGAAAAACAUGGGGACAAACUGGGUACAUUGAGCACAUUUGAAAGCCACAAAACGUGUUUCCCUUGUUGAAAUGUCUGCAUCUUGCUUCUGAGUAAAUGUGAAGACGAUCAAGCUGCAAGUCCAAGAAUUUCAGUGGGAAAGUUGAACGCAUUCAGAACUCUUUCAGCUGAAAUUGAUGGGUUGUAGACAUGCUUACUUUUGUCUGAAUCAUGCUGCCCUGAAGUUCUUGUUGGCUGUUUUCCAACCAUUUUAAUGGAAAUAUUAACAGGUUUGUAAACCUGGAGCUUCACUUUCAAAGCAGGGUUUUCUUUAAAGUCUACUUUGGCUUUAAAAAAAAUAGCCAUAUUCCUUCCCUCAGCACUUCUUUUAUGCAUAAUUUUGUCUUGCUGCUAGAUUUCACAUCGUUGAAAUCUGGGCUGAAACUACUGUUGACUUCAGUGAAGCCAAGAUUUUGAACACACAACUGUGGGUUCUUUUUCCUUGCUUUACAGAGCUUUGUCAAUAGAUCUGCUUAAUCAUUUCUUGAUAACUUUUUUCUGUUUCCUAAAGCUCUUUAAAUGGAAGACUUGAAAGCUAAUCCUAUAUAUUCUGUACAUUUUAAUUUUUUAAAAUUCACUCCAUAUUCUUAAAACAUCUGAGUGCAUAUGGCAACAAUAUUUGCUUUUCUUAAAAUAUUGAUUUAACUAACAAUAUUCAAACUUGGUUAUGCUGUUAAAAGAAUUGUCAUGUGUUUCUUGUGUAUUUAAUACCAGUUUUAUGCAAUAUUACUUUGAAUUAAAUCCCAUUUUCUUUCCAGGGAGCAUAUUUACCUUGUUUUCAGAUUUCAAAAAUUGAUUGUUUUUGUUUUUAUAGUUGACAGUAAAGCCCAGAGCUUGAAAAUAAUAUGUUUGUUGUUGUUGCAUAACAAGAGUAAAAAGAAAAGACUUCACAUUGUGAUUCUACCAUAAAGAGGAGCACAGUCCUUGCCUCUUUCAGGAUAGCUUGGUCUUUCAUUUAGUUCAUGAUUGACACUGACUAUCAUUUUCAUGCCCUUAAAGAUCUAAAAUUGUUUUGUCCUCUUAUCUGAGCACACACUCUUAGUAAGUCCCAUUGAACUCAAUGGGACUUACUUCUGAAUAAUGCUGUUCUUCAUCUCUGUUCUGUCCUUGCACUAGGUCCAUCUCUAUGGUAGUCCUCUGGGCAAAAACAGCUGCAGAUCUGUAACUUUUAUGAAGUCCCACAGUGCUGGAGAAGGCAAAUUUUGUGCUGGUUUUGUAAUGGAGAGCAGGGCUCUCCUACUGGUGGUAAAUAUCUUGGAGCCUCUUUUGUAGUCUUUUUCUGCUUUCCCAGUCCUGAGUGUGGGUUAGGACCUUUCUCUCAGAAUGGAUCGUCCUUCUGUGGCUUCUCUGAGCCCUCCAGAACCUUGAGAUGAAAGACAGGUCCCAUUCUCCCCGUGUCUCUUCCCUCUUUCCCUACCACUCCACUGGUUGCCCCAUGCUGGCAUCCUACCUCAGAACUUUCAGGUUUGUAUGAGAGACAGAAAAAGGCUCACACUAGCUGUAUCUAUAUUGCAAUUAAUACAGUUCAACAUUGCUAUAGCUGCCAUGACUCAAUGCUAUGGAAUUCUCGGAUUUGUAGAUUUGUGAGAUAUUUAGCCUUCUUUGCCAGAGAGCUCUGCUGCCAUAACAAACUACAAAAUCCAGAAUUCCAUAGGAUGGAGCCAUGACAGUUAAAGCAGUGUCAAACUGUGUUAAUUCUGCUGUGUAGCAGCAGCCACUGACAAGGGUACAAACUAACACAUAGAAAAUAGCAGCUGUGAUGAUGGUGCCAUAACAGAAUCGCCUUUUGAUUUUCCUGGGUGCAAUUCAACUCUUGCACUGGAUGCCAUUUCUGGGGCUUUUUGUCCUUGGUGGUAGAACUGCUGGUACUUUCAGUGAAGCUUCUGGUACUUAAAUUGGCAGUUCUCAAAUUAUGACCUUCCAGACGUUUUGGACUUCACCACCCAGAAGUUUCAGCCAAUAUAGCCAGUGUUUAGGCAUUCUGAGUAUUGUCAAUUCCAAACCAUCUGGAAGUCCAAACACAGAUCCACUGCUCUAGAAGAUGACUUUUUUUAAUAUUAAGCAGCAAUAUUUUUUCCAAGCAUUCCCCCCACCCAGGUCAUUGCUGCAUCGAGACAGGUUGGCUUCAGUAUAGGCCAUAUCCUAGCUCAUGUAAGUAUAGAGUUCAGAGAACCACCCUCCUAAGAUUCACCAGAACAAAGCAGCUACCUCGGGGCAGCUGAUUUGGGAUGUCAGGAAAAUGCAGCAAGUUGUUAGCUUAUUACCAUCUGAUUAAUUAAUUUUAUUUAUUAGUAAAUAUUUUACUUUUAGGAAGGAGGAGAGGCACUUGUGUGAUUUUCUGCCUUAGGCAUCAAAAUAAUAUGGCUGUGCACAUUGACUUCAAGGAGCCAUUUGCUGUUCUGCCUCAAGCAGCAAAGUGUUCUGUCUUGAGUGGGCAAAAUGCAUUAAGCAAUGUGCAUGCUGUCUGGGGAUGAUGGGAGUUACUAUCCAACAAUCUGGAGAUUGCCAGGUUGGUGAAGACUGUAAAGACAUGCCUGCAAGUGCACAGAAAAUGCCAGAUAAUCUCUUGAAAGCAGACCCAUGCCUCAUUUUGAAGGAGAGGAGAGUUCACAACAGCCUGUACAAUGCUUUGCAGCUCCUAUUGUCUAACUCAACAAAUAUACAUAUAUAAAAUAAGCAUUUGUAUUCAGGUUUGCAGAAUUAAGCACAUAUAAUUAGUUGCCUUUGGGCAGGCAAUUAAGCACUCAUCCUCUCCCCUUCCCUGUAGAUUAAAAUCAAGAUAAGAGUUUUCCCAUUCCCAGUCUUGCUGUUGCUGGGGAUGAGAACAGGGAUGAUCUCUUGUUGCUCAUUAAUAUAAAUUUAGGAAUGGUCCCACUGCCUUUUGGCAUAAGGUCUUGUGUUGGCUUUAAAUUACUAACAUUGACUGCAGAUACCUAUGCAUUCUUUAGUUGCAAGGGUAGGGAACCUUUAAGAUGCAGGGAGGCAGGUUCAUCUCCUGGGUAGAAGCAGAGCUUGAUCCUUGCCAACAUGUUGGUUUGAGAAAAUCCAUUUACCAGCAUUUGAAAAUAACAACUUCAAGAAAAAUUGACCCCUUCAGAAUGGGCAGUAUGAUUUACAGAGCUAUGGUCUAAAGAAUAACUUAUUCCAGCUCUGCUUUUAUCCCUUCGCCUAUGAAGAAUUAAAAAGAGGAAAGACCUGGUUUCUGAAAGCUGAUCAGUAUAAUUUGACUUCCCCCUGACUAGCAGUGAAUUAACCACUGUAUCUCUCCUCUCCCAUUUUAAAGGCUUUAAGUAUCAAUAAAGGGAUUCAUUAAGCCCUCAGUCUGAGCCAUAUGAGCUGUUGCCACUCCAGAGCAUUGCACACACUUUCCUGAUGAACUUGGAAUGUCACCUACAAAAGAUGGCGGGAAAGUUGUUCUACAUGAGGACUACCCAAUAGUCAGAACCACUUGAGCCAUAUUGAGAAAGUCUUUCUUUUUUUAAUUACUGUUUUGUUUUCACAUACAUACUUGAAGCCAUAAUGUAGCUAUGAAUUGCCUUUUUUGUUGUUGUUGCUUUGCAUUAUAUUUAUUUGCUAUGCAUUAUACACUGCUUUUAACAACCCCCUUCCCCUCAGGUAUUAUUCAAAGGGAACUAAGCCAACAUUUUAAAUCAAGGUGGGAGACAUCUUCAGAUGCUCUUGGAUUGCAGCUCCCAUCAUCUCUGUAGCUUGACUAUGCUGGCUAGAGCUGAUGGAGGCUGCAGCCCAACAACAUCUGGUAAGCCACACAUUCCUCAUACUUGAUUUAGAGGUGCCUCAUAUAUCUGAAUAUCAGGCAGCAUUUUUUUUAAUUCAUUAUCUUCUUUGCCUAAUUCCAAGGCAGUUGCAAGAAAUGUGAAUAGUGUUCAGAUAUAUUUUUACAUACAGAGAAAAGUGUUAUUGCUUUGAAAUCACAUAAUUUGGAUUGAUGGGAUUUAGAUACACAUGGCUUGUACUUUGGAGAAGUGGCAGCUUUCUACUAAGAUCCUGAGCUGAAGGAAUACAGGGUCACCUUCUGUCUGCACUUGUUUUGCAAUUUGGAAUGACAGUUGUCUACAAUGUUCAACGUAAUACGCAGCCAGCCCUCAUUUUUCUUCUGGUCUUAAAAAACAAAAAAGGAGGGAAAGGGAGGUUUCUUUGGGAAUAUGAAAUAUGGUAUUGCAAUCAUCAAGCAAAAUAAAAUAAUUCCAUUCUACCUCCAUCAGAGAAGAUAAGAAGAGCCUUCUCCAUGAGGGACAUGGUGGUGCUUCUUCCCUCAGGAAAUGCAGAGAAUGCACCUCUUUUUUCACAUACUCCAAAUCAGUUUGUGGGGAAAGGUGAUUUAUUGCAUAGCAUAUCCAUGGGGAAUGCACUGGGUUGUUUACUGAAAAGCUGCUGCUUUUAUAUACCUUUUUUUAAAGUCUAAAAUUGUGAAGUGCCUCCUAUACUAUUGCACACUAUUGGCACUAAAAUUUAAAUAGUUAAAAUGUUUAAAAUGUUAAG